GAUCGUUACCAUAAGCAUAAAACCAUCAUGAUGCUGCCUUUAGUAGGUGAAUGCAUAUACUUUGUUAUUCAAAUUCUUUCGGUAAUAUUUCUUUCCGAUCUUCCUUCUGAGCUUAGUAUCUAUUUAUGUGCAGUAUUGCGUGCGCUUUUUGGAGGUCAUGCUUGCUUUAUGAUGUCCGUAUUUUGUUUUAUGACCUCGACAACUUCUAAGGAGGAUCGAACCUUACGCUUUGGCAUCUUUAUAAUUUCUGUGUUAUUGACAAAAUUUGUAUCUAACCCUAGUGACACAGAAUUGUAUUAUAUCUUCAAAGUUGAUUAUAGUAUUACAACAGGUGUGAUCUUGCAAUUGGUUACCAUACUAUACAUUGGAAUGGUCUUCGUUCUGAGUAAUUUUUUCUAUGUACCCACUUUGCUGAUUUUCAUGUAA